ACGCGAAUGCAUCGUCCCGUUUCCCAAAAGUUUCUCUAAUUGAAGAGCCAUAUCGACGCAAUGAUUGAUCAGGCACCUCAUAGGACUAAAACUUGCCAUGCUUGAUUGGCUGACUGCCACGAUGUUGGUCACCAGCGUCAGGUAGCAGCCGUGGCGCAUUGCAGCAAUCAGAUCUCCAACCCUGACUGCCAAUUCUAUUUCAAGGUUUACGGUGUUGGAGAGGGAAGAAGAGAUGGGGGCAUUUGAACAUCAACUCAAAUGAAGCCGAUGCACAAGUCACGCCUCCACUAGCGCGGCGCUAACCAUUUCAGCCUCACCACCUCACCCGCUUCGUCGAUGCUCAGACUCAGACUCAGGCUCACUCACCAGAAUUCCAACCCACCCUCCUCACCGAAAUCAGCAUGUCGGACACCCUGAUUUUCAAAGGUGGCCUUGUUCAUUCCCUGGACCCUACUACCCUGGAGAUACUGGACGACGCCACUGUAGUAGUCGUCAACGGCGUCAUCACCGCCCUAUACAAAUCAAGUAGCCAUGUCCCCGCAGAUGCUCUCCCAACUGAUAUCACUGCCCUCACUCUUCCUCGUGGAGAGUUUCUCAUCCCCGGCUUCGUCGACACGCACAAUCACGCACCACAAUGGCCAAUGCGAGGUCUAGGUCAGGGCCUCCACAUCUUGGAUUGGUUGAACAACAUCACGUUCCCAUUCGAAGCGCGCUUUGCUGAUGCCACCUACGCCGCGGAAAUGUACGAGCAUACAGUCGACGACUUCCUGCGCCAGGGCAUCACCACCGCAUGCUAUUACGGCUCGCGCCACGCCCAAGCUACACGUAUCCUGGCAGACACAUGCCAUCGCAAAGGGCAGCGCGCCUUCAUAGGCAAAUGCAACAUGGACCGCAAUGCUCCCGAGUAUAUAUGCGAGUCCAAUGCCCAAGAGUCGCUGCGCGAGACUGAAGAUUGCAUUGCGCAUAUACGCGCCUUACCUGGAUGUGCUGCCGGCACCGAAUCUGCCUUGGUGAAACCCAUCAUCACUCCUCGUUUCGCAAUAUCCUGUACUCCAGAACUGCUGUCGGGAUUGGGCGACAUUGUGAAGCGCGACGAUUCCUUGGCCGUGCAAACCCAUUUCAACGAAGCGCAACAGGAAAUCGAUGCGACCACGGACCUCUUUCCUGCUUUCAAAGGCAGCGAGGCCGACUUGUACGAGAGUUUCGGUCUUCUGAAUCGCCGCACUGUGCUUGCACAUUGCACCAUCAUGUCUGAAUACGAGAAGAGCAAAAUCUCGACCCUGCACUGCGGUGUUGCUCACUGUCCCAUCGCCAACAUGACUGUAGGUGGGGGUUUCAUGGUUGCGCCUAUCCGAGACUUCAUGCAACGUGGAAUCAAAGUCGGUCUGGGGACUGACAGCGGAGGUGGAUGGGCGUCGCAGAUGCUUGCUGUCAUCCGCCAGGCGAUGAUUGCUUCCAAUGCUUGUGAAGUGAUGAGUGGAGGGAAGGACACCGCAUUAUCGCUUGAGGAGACAUUCUUCCUCGCCACCUUGGGCGGAGCGCGCGUGCUGUGUCUUGAUGGCUAUAUUGGUAAUUUCCAAGUGGGUAAGGAAUUUGAUGCAAUUCGGGUGGCUACUACUACAGGCACCAAAUCGGCUAUGGCGCCCACCAAUGAGACUGAUUCAACCAGAACCAUGUUUGAGAAAUUCAUCAUGACCGCUGAUGAUAGGAAUAUUCACGCAGUAUAUGUUAAGGGAAGACUGGUUUCUUAA